AUGGCUUUAAUUGCUCCUGCGAUGUUUGUGAAUCACGGAGGAGGUCCAAUGCCUCUUCUAGGAGACAAAGACCACGCAGGACUUACAAUUUUCCUACGUGACGAGGUUAAAAAACAUUUAAACUUAGAGGAAGUUAAAGCAAUCAUAUUAGUGACUGCACACUGGGAAGAAGACGUUGUAACGAUAUCUUCUAGCAAACAGCACAAUCUAUAUUUCGAUUAUUAUGGUUUCCCGCCAGAAUCAUACAAAUAUCGCUACGAUGCACCUGGUGAUCCAGAAUUGGCGGAAAGAAUACACGAAAAUUUAGCAAAGGCUGGCAUAAAUUCAAAAUUAGAUCCGAAAAGAGGUUGGGAUCAUGGAGUUUUUGUGCCAAUGAUGUUAAUAAAUCCUGCCGCCAAUGUGCCUAUAAUUCAAAUGUCCGUGCUCAACAACCAAGAUGCUGAGCAACAUUAUAAAUUAGGACAAGUUUUAAACCAAUUUAGAAAAGAAGGAAUAGCUAUUUUGGGAUCGGGAAUGUCAUAUCACAAUAUGAGAGAGUUUAUGUAUAGCAGAGGGAAGUCUUACGUUGUGAAUAAAGAUUUCGAUGAUUAUUUAAAUCAAAUUUGUACUGCAGAAAGCGAGGAAGUUAGGAAAGAAGGAUUAGUUGCCUGGAGAAAGCAGAAAGGGGCAACAGAAGCUCAUCCAAUGCAUGCAGCUGAACAUUUUAUGCCUUUGAUUGUGAUAGCCGGAGCGGGCGGAUCAAAACCAGGGCAACGGAUCUUUAACUGGGAUAUGAGCGGGACUUUCAGGCUUAGCGGUUUUGUUUGGAAAGAAGAAUAA